AUGACACGUCAAACUGCUGCUUCGUGGCGCAAUGCUGCUGUUUUGCUGCUGCUGCUGCUGCUGCUGCAGGUGCUGCUGGGCCACUUGGCUUGGGUGGCAGUUGGCUUCGUGGUGCUGCGGAGCGUCUUGCCUUCCUUCAGAGCAGCAGCAGCUCCAGAUGCAGCAGCAGCAGCUGAAGCAGCAGCAGCAGCUGCUGCUGCUGCUGCUAAGGACGCUGACGCCGUUGCUGAGCUGCAGGAAGCUGCCAAUGCAACGCAGGCAGCAACAGUAGCAGCAGCAGCAGCAGCAGCAACAGCAGCAGCAGCAGCAGCAGCAAACGCCCCACUCGACAAGCAGGACCUCAGCGAGGCAGUAAGGCAGGCACUGCGGGCAGCAGAUAAGCUAGAUCAUCUGCUGCAGCAGCAGCAGCAGCAGCAGCAGGAAAAGCCGCAGCGAGAAACCGGUGCAGCAGCAGGUAAAACUCUGACCCGUCUUGCCUUCUUAAGACCGACGGCAAGCCUGUUUGCUCAGGCGCGAGCUAAAGCAGCAGCAGCAGCAGCAGCAACAGCAGCAGCAGCAGCAACUAGUGCACCCGCGGAAACACCCCUACGGAGACAAUGGGCAGCACUGCGGGAGCUGGCUGCUGCGAGCGACCGGCUGCACCUGCGUCUGUCGCUGGCUGCCGAUCAGCUCUCCUCCCUGCUGCAGCAGCAGCCCAAGCAGCAGCAGCAGCAGCAGCAGCAGCAGCAGCAGGUGGCGUACUGGUACAGCUUUGCCACGCGGGGGCCCCGCCGCGGAGGCCUCUGGGCCUGGUGGUCCAUUUUUGGAUAUUUCGUUUCUUGUCUUUGCUUCAAUGCUGCAGCACUUCUCAAUGCUGCGCUUCUUGCUGCUGCAGCAGCCAACACCCAGCCAGUAAGCAGCAGCAGCAGCAGCAGCGGCAGCAGUAGCGCAGCAGGGGCAGCAGCGCAGCGGUAG